GAGCUGAGCAGAGCGCAGCGGAUCCAUCCUCGCGCUCAACAUCUGGCACACCGGAGAGAGAGUUCUCUUUCUGGUUCUGAUGAUGGACUCUCUAUUUCUACCUUGAGGACUAGUGGAUGUUAGUGGAUGUUAGUGGAUGUUAGUGGAUGUUUGCGGAUAUCCAGCAGAGGAAUGCGGCUUCACGGACGGCUGGAUUCUGCGUCUUGAGGGGGAUUUAAAGCUGAAAGCUAUGAAGUGAAUGUUGCAGUUUAUCCAAUGAUUGAGGCCAGCACUCUGACCAUGCUGGACCGAACCGAACCGGCACACUGCACCGUGUGCUGCUGUACGCUGGCCAACAAAAUCCUCAUGGUGCUCUUCAUGGUGCUGCUGAUCUUCGCCAUCUUGUUUGGGAACUUGGUGACUCUGGCUGUGAUUUACGGGACUAAACACUUCCACACGCCGCAGGGAUACCUGAAGGCGUCCCUCGCCGUGGCUGAUCUGGCGGUGGGGAUAUUCGUGGUGCCGCUCUCCGUCUACGCCGAGGUCUACCUCAUGGUCACGGAUUCGGCACCGGAGUGGACUUCGUACAACUCUCAGUUGGUCAGUUUCCACCCGUGCAACUUCAUCGGCCCCAUCUUCGCCGGGUGCACCUUGGUCUCCAUCACGACCAUCUUCCUGCUGACGAUUGAGCGGAGCAUCGCCGUGUUGCGUCCGCUGCACAAGGACUCUGUGAUUACACGUAAAAGGACCACGAUCCUCAUCGUCCUCUCCUGGGUGGGGAGCUUCCUCUUGGCGGUGUCGCCGAUGGUUUUCAGCAGCGAGAUCGCUCUGGAGUACAACUCCUGCAGCCGGAUGUGUAAUUACGCGCUGGGGACCAUCGGCGAGUUCCCCAGCCAGGCCUGGAACAUCCUCCUCCUCUUCCCGGCGUUUGACUUCACCCUCCUCGGUGGAACGGUGGUCAUUAACAUCAUCUCUCUGUCCAGCAUCAGGCAGCACUCGCGGCGCAGGAAACACCUGGCCGAGAGCGAGUGCCAAAGCAAAAGCAAGCCCACUUUCUCUGACAUUAAAGCAGCCAGAACAAUAGGGACGCUGACUGUAGCGUUUACCGCCUCCUUCACCCCCAUCGCCGUCUUCGUGGUCGGGAACGUUUUGGGGAAUAAAUGGUGCAAUUUUUCCUUUUUUGCCUUCUGGAUUUUGGCCACCAACAGUUGCUGCAAUGUUAUCAUUUACAGUGUGCAGGAUCAGAAGUUCAGACUUUGUGCACAUAAGCUCCUCAUGCCUUUCCGGAGAAAAGACACAACCAAGGGCUGAAACGUUCAGGGACCAAAGACUUGAGUUGCAUCAUUUAGAUGUUUGUUUGUCACACAAACUCUCCUCUCGUCUCAUUGAGAGGAGAGUCUGCAUGUUCUGUGGAUUGCUGUUGUGAAAUUACAGGGUUUUCUUACAUCAUUGAAAAGCAUGGAAAGUUUUCAGAUCACUAUUGUUGGAUAUUAAACGUCCCUCGUUGUGGGCGUUUGUCUCGUUCUGUGUAACAGAAGCCUGUUUCAGUCUGUGGAGUGAUCAA